AGUUCAACUUCAUCGCGUCGUCGUCCUGUCGUCCUGUCGCUCACUCUUUCGCAGAAGCAAAGAAACAAUUAAAGUGCAACCGCAAGGCGGAAGGAAGUGCAUACCACAAGUGAUUCCCCUGCUCCCGCGCCGAGUUGCAUGUUGGAUUGUGCCACAAACUUUUAGCCAAGUUCCCCCGUGCCCCGUGCCCCAUGCCCUUGUGUGUAAAAUGAAAGCAGACAACUUCUUCAAGUACGGCGCCCCUUUGUACCAACCGAAAAAUACCAAUCGGAGCCACUCGCACUCGCAGAACCACACCGGCAACAUCGGCCAUCUGACAUCGUCGCCGCUUCUGACGAGCGACGACCUGCGUCAUCUCACCCAGCAGCGGUCCACCGGAUACUCGGACAGGGAGAGCCUCGCCAGCGUGAGCAGUGCGGGUGGCCGGAUAAAGAGGCGCUCGAGAAAUUUCCCGAUGAAGUCUUCGAAGGGAGGCAUCACCAAGAAGAGCAAGACCAUGGAUUACACCAACUACGCCUACAAUGAGGCAGUGGGUCGCCUCAAGGUAAUGCUGGCCGACAACUCCUACGUGGCACCCAAGCUGGGAGGAGGUGUGUCGUCCUAUUUGCGCAACCUCAACGAGGAUUCCGGGGACAACUUCUCGGACAACCUAUCGGUAAUUGAGCGACCCGUCUUCUCGGACAUUUCCAAGUACUUGUCGCCCAGUCAGAAGUCGCGGAUUAGCUCCUAUCGUCCCAAGAAAAGCUACACCUCGGGAUAUCUGUCGGCUUCCAAGGAGAAUCUAGCUUCCACUCCUUCGCUCUACCCGAGCGCCGCAGUGCCGUCUGCUCCUCUUCCCGCGGACAGCGUCCCGGCUCCUGUGGAGAUCUUCAGCUUUAUCGAGAAGCAGGAGGACUACAUCGAACAGCUGGAAAAGGAAUCGAAAUACUGUCGCAACGAGCUGACCAAUCUGUUGGGUAAAGUAAAGGAUGUGAUCAAUGAAAAUGAGCAGUUGACGGAGAAUGCUCGUUCCGAGCUGGUGGGUCUGGGUUCGGGGAAUCCCAAGCAUCCAAUUGCCACCACUAGUCCUUCCUCGGACAGUGACGAGCACUUGAUGUUCGCCAGUGGACGUAAGACACCGUCUACUCCGAGGAAAGGUGCCUCCAAGGGACAGGUGCAGAGUCCUCGUUAUGCAAGCGCUCCCAAUAUAGUUUACGAGGCCAGGAUCAGCGAACUGGAAGCCGAAUUGAUGCAGGCCAGCAUCGAUCUGCGGCGUUUGCGUACCGAGAACGAGGAGCUGAAACGGAAGCUGGCUCAUACGGAUCCCCUAAGCACUGUGGCCACCUUGUCUGGAGGAUCCAACUGCGAAUUGCAUCGCAAGCAGCUGGAAAACCUGCAGCAGGAGAAGCAAACUUUGGAGGAAAGUGUUCGUCACUUGCAGAGACUUCUUGACGAGGCUAAGGCCCAGAGUCAGGGUAGCGCCUCGUCCAAGCGAUAUAUCAACGACUUGGUACAGAUGGAGCGCUCCCAGGCUGAGCUGGAGGUACGCCACCUCCGGGAUGAACUGGAUCGCCAGCACGAGCGGGUCAGGGAGCUGCAGCACGAGAUGGCCAGGCGGUUGGCCGAGGAGCGGGCCAGUGCCGAAAGGCGCUACAACACCCAGGUGGAUCAACUGGGCGGAGAUCUGAGUUGCCAAUGGGAGCAGGUGUCCAAGCUCCAGUUGGAUCUGGAGCGCCAGAAGCGCUAUGAAACAGAUCUCAAGCGGGAUGUGGCCAGUCGCAAUUCGCAGAUCGAAGAGUUGAAAAUGGAACUAAGAGCCAAUAGGACCACCUUCCUGGCGGACAUGGCGCAGGUGAAUGCAGAGAAGCAAUCUCUGGAGCAGGACAUCACCUCGCUUCGCCUUCAGCUGGAUCGGGCUGCCAGGGAGGCCAAAACGGAGGCAGCUCGUCUUAAUGCAGAAAUAAACUCGCUGAGGCAGCGCCUGGAUCGUGGAGAUGCCGAUCUCCUGCACUCCAAGCGAGAGGUCCUGCGGCUCAAUGAUGAGAUAGCCAAUCUAGAGAAGGAGCUUGCUUAUGGGGAGCUGAAGAACGAGAUACGACCCACCAAAAAGGAUCUGGACAAGAGGAUCUCUGAGUUGCAGGAUAAGCAUGCGGGAACGGUAAAUGAGCUUGAGGAAAUGAUAACAUCUCAGAAGCAACUCAUGGAUAAACUGACCAACGAGUGCAAGACCUUAACGGGCAAAUUAGAGGACACGACCUACAAGCACAAAGAGGAAAUAUCUGCUUUGCAAUCGAAUCUAGAGUAUCUGUCCAAUCGCAUGUUGAGUAAUGAGGAGCAUAUGAGUAAAUUAGAUAGCUCACCACACGAUUAUACUAGCUUAGUACCAGGAAAAGCCGCUUACGACUACCAGGCAGCGACAUACGGCACCCCAAUCGAACCCAUACAAAGCACCCCACUACCACACAACAGCGCCAGCGACAGUGAUUACACGUCCGGAGGGAUUGGCUUGGGCGAUGGAGCAACUGGAGCAACUGCAUCCGCAACAGCAGCGGCAGCCGCAGCAGCCAGUAUUGCCGCAGGAGCAGCUGCAGCAGCAGCAGCAGCAGGAUCGGGAUCCACGGCCACAGGGCGAAAGAGCAGCAUCGCCGACUAUGGACUCCAGGAUAACGAUGACGAGAAUCUCAAGGACAACCUUGGCCUGGGCGAGAAGCAGCAGCAACAACAGCUGCAGGACCUGGACAGGCAAAGGGAGCGAGAGGAACGCGACCGGGAGCUCCAGCAACUCCGCGAGCAGCGCGAAAAACGGGAAAGGGAACGCGAGCGGGAUCGGGAGCGGGAACGGGAGCGGGAGCGGGAGCAGGCCGAGCAGCAGCAGGCGGAGCAGCAAUCACAGCAGCCACAGCAACCACAGUCGCAACCUCUGGCAGAGAGCAGCAUUACCAAUGCCGGCAGCGCCAAUCUGGCCGCCUACAACACCGACUACAGUGCCUACGAUCAGCAGCAGUACGACGCCAGUGCCUAUGAUCCCAAUGCCUAUGGCCAGCAGCAGUACGAGGGGCAGCAGUACGACUACGGCGACGCGGGAGCCGGCUACGACUAUGGAGCAGCUGACUAUGGACAGUCUGGAUACCAGUAUGACGCCGCGCCAGGAGGCACCGCAGCCGGCCAAUCACAGUCGCAGUCCCAGUCCCAGUCCCAGUACCAGCAACAGGAGCGGUUGGAGCAGCGGCAACACCUGCUUUAUCAACGGCGGGAGCAGCCGGAACAGGUGUACCCGGAACGGGCCGACCACAAUCGCGCCCGGGCAGUGGAGCUGUGGGGUCAGCAGCUGCUGCUGGAGCAGUCGCCGGCGGAAAAUCCGCUGUGCCACAACAGCCUGCCGCGUCAGCCGCCGGCAAGAAGUAGCUGGAGUCCUGACUGCGAGGAUCGCCUGACGCUGGAGUGCUCCAUCAGUAGUCCCAGCCUGAUGCGCUCGUCCAACGAUGAAACCUGCUCGGAAUUGGCCGAUCUCAGCGAGACCUUUGUGGUCCUGGCUGCCAAUGGCUCGGGGGAGGAAAGCUUGUCCCCGGCCCACACCACCAUCAUCACGGCCAGAAGGUCAAGUGCUCCGGCCGUGGUCCAGCCAGCGGGCAUUGCCAACGAGACAGUCACCAUCGAGCGCCAUCUAGAUGCCCAUCAAUAGGGGUCAGCACCGAGUUCUCUAGCAACAGUUUCUUCAAUCAACAUACUUCUACACAUGUGUUCCAGAAUUAAGCGUAGACGGGAAAUUCAUGUUUUAUAACUAAUAAAUCCAUUCAAAAUA